AUGUUAGUGAAAUGGAACCUAUAUGUUAGCAUCAAGGUGCCAGGCACAAUCGCGCUGGUGGUGAUGUACACUUUGUCAUUCAUCAUAGGGCUAGGGGGGAAUAUCAUGGCAUUGCUGGUCCUCACCAGGAGGAAAAAUCGCCUCGCCAGCGUCUCGGCGACCAGAAGACUUCUAAUUAACCUAGCCGUUUGCGACAUGAUGGUGGUGUGCGUAUGUAUGCCUGUUAAUUUAGGUCACCAGGUGUACAACGCUUGGGUGUUUGGGGACUUCAUGUGCCGUGCGGUCCCUUUUGUUCAAGCAGUGUCUGUGUCAGCCAGCGUUCUGAGUCUGGCCGUGAUCAGCCUUAACAGAUACUAUAGUGUUCACAAGCCCCUGCACGCGAGGUCUUUCUUUACGGGCAGGAAAAUUCUUUGCAUGAUUUGUGUGGUAUGGACCCUGUCCUCGGGACUGUGCCUGCCGUUGAUCUUCAUGAACAGGACCAAGACAUUGGUGUUGUUGGAUGGCAAGCAUGCAAUCACGGUGUGCGUGGAGAGCUGGCCAAAAGUCAAGCUACGUCAGGGGUAUAACUUCCUGCUCUUCUGCGCCCUGUAUGGUUUCCCCGUUUUAUUUAAUCUAGUGAUUUGCUUUCUGACCGGGAGGAAGUUGUGGAGCGCCGAUGAGAAGUUCAGAGAGUGCAACAAGUGUAAUUUGGCGCAGUCGGUGUCUAGACAAAAAGUGCGCAAAAAAAUUGCCAAAAUGGUAGUCGCACUGGUUGUGCUAUUCACGUUGUCCUGGUUGCCCCUGUACGUAAUUGACAUCUGGAUUGACUUCAACAUGCCAAAUGCUCACCAGUGGAUUCUGCAAGGGAGACCUUUUGCGCAGUGGCUGGGUCUGACAAACUCCGCUCUUAACCCACUGUGCUACUGCUUUGUGGGGAAUCUGUACAGGUCUGCGCAGAAAAUUCGCAAAAGCUAUAGGGCGAAACUGUCUUCAGUUUUCAGCGUGCCUUUGCCGCAAUCCUCGACCAGCAGUUCUGUACCGACACUUCUAUCUUACAGUCGUGCUUCCUCAGAAAAAUGUAGCGUGGAGAUGCGCACAUGGCGAAACUAUACCGGUUUCAGCGACAGUCUGGCGAAAAGCAAGAGCAUGUCAUCUGUGACGGUGUGUGAAACAGUGUUUGACUAG